CCUAGGCCCCACCCCAGAGCUGGGCACUUCCCUCCCUGACACAGGGACCCGGACCCACUCUGCCCUGCCAGAGGCAGACAUGGUGCCCCUGCUGCUGCUGCCCCUGCUGUGGGGGGGGUCCCUGCAGCAGCAGCCGGGCUAUGAGCUCCAAGUGCAGGAAUCGGUGACGGUGCAGGAGGGUCUGUGUGUCCACGUGCCCUGCUCCUUCUACCCGUGGAGUUUGUGGUCUUCCUCUAGCAAACUCUACACCUACUGGUACCGGGACAGAGACGACACAAAUCAUAAUGCUCCUGUGGCCUCGAGCAAUCAGAAUAAACCAGCGAAGAGAGAGACUGAAGGCCGAUUCUUCCUCACAAACCCCAGGACCAACGACUGUUCCCUGCAAAUCAGAGACGCCAGGAGGAGUGACUCAGGACGCUACUUCUUUCGAGUGGAGAAAGAAUAUCCUAAAUAUAAUUACCAAGGACAUUUCCAAGGAUAUAAGACCCAAGGAUAUAAUUAUCAAGAUAAGAUGCUGCAUUUGCAGGUGGCAGCCCUGACAGAGAAACCCUACAUCCGUAUUCGGGAGCUGUUGGAGUCUGGCCGCCCCACACAGCUGGCCUGCAGCCUGCCAGGGGCCUGCGAAGGGGGACGACCUCUCACCUUCUCCUGGGCGGGAGCUGCUGUGGACUCGAACCCCCAGACCCUCCGCUCCUCGGUGCUCACCUUCACCCCGAAGCCCCGGGACCAUGGCACCAACCUUACCUGUCAGGUCCAAGUCAAAGGAUCUUUGGUGGCCACACAGACAACCAUCCAGCUCAAUGUCUCCUAUGCCCCUCAGAACCUCACCAUAGGCGUCUCCUUCAGAAACGACCCAGCCUUCAAGAAUCUACAAACCACUUCCCUUUCCAUCCUGGAGGGAGAGGCCCUGAGGCUGCGCUGUGGAGCUGACAGCAACCCCCCUGCCGAGCUGAGCUGGUUCCGGGGGUCCCCAGGCCUGAACGCCACCCCCCUCUCCAGCACCGCGAUCCUGGAGCUGCCUCGCGUGGGGCCUGCACAGGAAGGAGAGGUCACCUGCCAAGCUCGGCACCCGCUGGGCAACCAAAGGGUCUCUCUCAACCUCUCCGUGGUCUACCCCCCGCAGCUGCUGGGACCCUCCUGCUCCUGGGAGGACCAGGGUCUGCACUGCAGCUGCUCCUCCAGGGCCCAGCCGGCCCCCUCCCUGCGCUGGCGGCUGGGGGCGGGGCUGCUGGAGGGGAACCAUGGUAAUGCGUCCCACGUGGUCACCUCCAGCUCAGAGGGGCCCUGGACCAACAGCUCCCUGAGACUCCAACAGGGGCUCAGUGAGGGACUCAGACUCAGCUGCGAAGCCGGAAAUGCGCACGGGGCCCAGAGCGCCUCUGUCCUGCUGCUGCCAGGGAAGGCGGUGCCCCAGGCAGGAGUGGUUCCUGCGGCUCUCGGAGGUGCUGGAGCCAUGGCCCUGCUGUCCUUGUGCUUGUGUCUUAUCUUCUUUUGCAUAGUGAAAGCCCGCAGGAGGCAAGCAGCCGGGAGACCAAAGGUCACGAAUGAUGAAGAGCCUGCCAUGGGCACAGUCACCUGGGGUUCCCAGGAAAGGCUAGGGCCAGGCAGGCCUCCAGACCAAGCGCCCCCCGCCGAGGAUGCCCCUCCCUCCGGGGAGCAACAAGAGGUCUACGCCAACCUCAGCUUUUAUGAGAUGAGGACACAGGAGCCUCGAGACCCAGAGGCCACCAGCAGCCCCGAGUACUCAGAGAUCAAGCGUGCAGGCAAAUGAGGACUCGCUCCGAGCAGUUUAAUUGGCUUUUCAGGAGCAACCAUGGAAAGCAGAAGAAAGCAGAUACGAUCUUUAAAUGUCACUUUAUAAUUUAUACUCAGCAGAGAGAAUUCAAAAAUGAGGAAGUUAUACAGAUGUUUUGGAACAAAUAAAUGGGGAAAUUAUUGCCUGUGGAAUAAAAAUAUAGAUUUAAAUUCCUGACACUAGUAACGGCUAAGCCCAAAGUAGCUGUGGUGGGGUAAAUGGAUUUUACAUUUCCUAAUAUGUACAUACUAGAGGCCUGUUGCAUGAAGUGAUUCAUGCAAUAGGCCUCCCCCUCCCCUGGCUGCUGGCACUGGUUUUCCUCUGGCACCCGGGACCCAGGCCUUCGCUCUGGCCACAGCUGAGAAGCCCAGCCUCUUCAUUCUUCAGUCGUCUUCAGUUUUUGCUCCGUCAGAGCCUUCAGUCUUUGCUCUGUGCCUGCAUAGGCAAAUUAACCGCCAUCUUUGUUGGGUUAAUUUGCAUACUCAUCCUGAUUAGCUGGUGGGCAUAGUGGAGUGACACCAAUUUGCAUGUUUCUCUUUUAUUAGUGUAGAUUACCUAGGAGGAGAGAGAAGUGUUCAUUUACUAAAACUUGGGUAAGUUAAUUAUGAUGCCGUAAUUUUUAUGGUAGUGACUGUACAUAAUAAAAUAAGAAUGUAUAAGUUACAAACUAGAAGUAGUUUUAAAUAUAUAUAAUUUAGUUCAGAGAGGAAGGGAGAGGAAGGGAGAAAUAUCAAUGAUGAGAGAGAAUCAUCAUGGCACAACCUGUCUUGCCCUGAAAUAGUGAGGGGAGGUGUGGCUUGGGUUGAGUAAAUGAUGAAGAGACAUUAGUCCUGGCAGAAAUGGGGCCAUGCAGGUCCCCAAAGCUCCUCCCUAUCCUCACAACAGCCCUGAGGUCACCUCAGAGUAAUGGUGUUCUGUCCCAUUAUACAGAUGAAGAAACUGAGGCUCCCAGAAUGUCCUGGUUCACUCUGAAGGCAGUGUCAAAUCUGCUUUGCUCCCUUUUUAAAGUUGAUUUUUAGAGAGAGAGAGAGGGAGAGGAAGGGAAAGAGAAACAUCAGGGUGAGAGAGAAACAUCGAUUGGCUGCCUCCUGCAUCCACCCUGACUGGGAGGUCCACAAUGUAGGUAAGUGCCCUGACAGGGAAUAGAACCCACAACCUUUUUGUGUAUGGGACGACGCUCCAAUGAACUGAGCCACCCGCCCAGGGUUGCUCUGUUCACUUUUGAAUCUCUAGCACGUAGCACAGUGCAUAGCCAUGGCAAAUGUUCAACUUUAUUUAUGAACAUAUCAAGUAGCUCACUGUCCCCACAAUAUUUAUGGUGUGAGGUGAAUUCCUAUAUUUCUAGUGCCAGUAAGAAAAUAUGCAAACAGCUAACAGUCUUUCCAGCCGGUGGGCAGUAAACACACUUGAUCAAUAUUUCUUCUUGUCGUUAGCAGUGUCUGCACAUUCUUCCUCCUCAGGCCCAGCUCCCUCCCCAGACCCCUGCUGGACCAACGUCCUCCUAAAACUACCCUCUGUGAAGGCCAAACUGACAUCUUGAUUCUUAAUGGUGGCCGUAGUAGAUUGGUAGGUCCCCUAAGACAUGUAGCAAUUCAUUGGGGGAACUUCCUCUCUUUUGCGACAUUUUGGUGGCAAAUGCUAAGUGGAAUCUUAGCAUUUUGCUGGCAUAAGCUCAAAAGAAUAAGGCAACCAGAGGGGUAAGAGGAAAAGCACAGAGAUGAGCCCAGCCCACUCCCACCGCUUCUCCUGAUUUUUCCUUCCCAAGAGGAACCCAGCCUUUCCAAAGCCCCUCGGGGUUAGGUGUCCUGCUGGCCUAAGGCUGGGGACCUUGGCCUUGUGAGUUGGGGUCCUUUGCAGAGCUGAGCCCAGGUGUGCUCCAGAACCACGGACAGCGCCAACCCUCUGGCCAGGAGCUCCCCAGCUGGAUGGAUGGUCCCCUGGAGGCUGAACCUUGCCCUGUCUCAUGUGGAGGUAAGGCUGGGGAGUGAGGCUGUUAACAUUCUGUCCGACAGGACAGAGCUGCAGCCAAACUCCUCCUCAGUCUCCCCUGGAACCGCCCUCAUCCUAGGGAAGAAGAGACGGCUUCAGAGACACAAUGCAUUUCUGAGAGGUCACUGGGCCCCUUGGCCCUCAGGGCUGAGCCUGCUCGCACCCCCUCCAGAAAACCUGUCAGACUACUGCCCUGCCCCUACUUCCACCCCAUCAUUUUGCUUUUGCUUUAAACCCAUUUCUUGUACUGCCAGGGAGCUCUGGGCAACAAAAAACAUGAUCUGAGAUCUUUUUCUUUGCCUGACACUGUGCCAAGUCCACUUCUUCAGCUCAGAUGAGUGGGGUAAGCAGAGGGAGAUUAAAUAGAGACAAUAAAAAAGGAGAGGCCUAAAUGUACUAUUCGUUGUAAUAUUUUAAGCAAUAAAAAAGAAGUUAAAAAAAGGACAGGCCUUUUGUGGCUGAAAGAACUGUUUUUUAGACGUUAGAAGGCGUGAGUGCAGGGCUCAUGGUGUGCUGGGCUGCAUAUCUGGCGCUUCGGCCAGACGGGUGUUCUGUGCUUUCUGUUCCUAAAACACAUAGAUAGGAAUGUGCUGAGAUCAGGCCAGGCCUUGAGAUAUGGUCUCAUGGCCCCUUCCCAGCAUGCUGUACUCUCUGUUCCUAGAACACAUAGAUAGGAAGGUAAUCACUGUAAUGAUGCUGUACUGUGUCAGGAACUAAGGUUUUGUAACUUUGUGGUUUUUGCAAAUAAAAAAGCUGUAACUCCUGCAGUUAGCACUGCAGUUCAGCCUCUGCUUCGGCAGGGUGCUGUAACUGUAGUCCCUGGCCAGCUUAAUAAAGGCUCCUAAAUUUUGAUCUGAGUCCUGGUGGUCAUCUCCGCGGGUCACCCCAUUACAAUGGGAACCAUGAGAAUGGACUGACAACCACACCCAAGUUCAGUAGCUUUCUAAAGUGAAAUUGACACCAGAAACUCACAAACCAGCACACUCGCAUCUGCAGCUGAAGCAUCUGCAGCUGGAUCAGGGCCACUGUUCUGUUCUAGCCUUUGCCCAUCAGGGGCCCCUUGGGAUGAGUAUGAGUUCAGCCAUCGCUUCAUGAGGCUUCUUGUGUGACAGUAACUGGACUCUGGGCCUGAACAGAGAGAGGAUUCAGUGUCAGGUAGGUCCUGGCUUCCAGGCCCUCCUGCUCCCAGAGAGAUGUCCCAAGAAUUCUGGGAAAGCAGAAAGAGACCACAUUCCAUCCAUUCUCUGAGGGUGCAUGAGGAUGAACAGUUGGGACAGGUGACAGGAGGGGGGAGUGGGGUGGAAAGUGGCCAUCAUGACAGGUUGUCACCAUACCUGGGGUGAGAAGCUCAGCCUUUACUUCCUGGUUGUCACUGGGGAGAAGAAAGCUCCUGAGAGGGGGAGGUGUUGGGGGGAAGCCCAACCCAGAAAGAGCCAUUGAUGUCUGCUGCUCUGCCAUCUCCCCUGGUCGUCAGAGAGAAAGGACUGAUCCGUGAUGUCAGCGGUCCUUCCAAGCCCAAGCUGUUGCUGUUGCCCCUGCUGUGUGUGUGUGUGUGUGUGUGUGUGUGUGUGUGUGUGUGUGUGUGUGUAGGAUAACAGGGCUGUGGGACUUGGUCCUUGGUCUUCAUUGGGGUACAACUUAGAGAAGGACGUAGAGUUGAAGCUGCAAGUAUUGAGGAUUGGGGACACAGUGUAGGACAUAGUGCCUGUGUAUCCACAUGCUCUGACCUUCUCUCAUCCUGAAAUUUAUGGGUUUACUGUAGAAUCAUCUACAUCUUCUCAUUUAUGGAAGAGGCCAACACAUUCCACAGUCCUCCUAUGCCCUGAAGACCAGGCCAAACCUUCAGGAGAUGACUGAGGACCUUGGGCUGGAAAUAGAUGAGACCCCCAUAGGGACGGCAGCCGGGUUUUGAAUUCCCUCAGUCCUUGAUUGGAUCGCAGUGACCCACCUGCUACAGGCCACAGUAACUAUGCCUGGAAGAGGAGAAUCCUACCCAGGGUCUACAUUGUAGUCUGUAUAAUUUGUCAUUGUGCAUCAGAUGCGGUGCGAUCCCGGAGACAGCCACCCAGAGAACUAUGGGAAGACGGGAUUUAUUAGAAAACCCAGACCUUAGACCAUGUGCCAGGAGCCAGGAAGUGCUAUUCUGGAGGGCACAGGAGGGUGAGAGAUAGUGUCACGGAGCAGCUCACCUGAAACACAGGAGUGGUGGACAUGAGAGAACCGGCCGAGACUAUGAAAAGCCAAGGUGUCCAGCUGCCAAUGUGGAAGUCGAAAGGGGAAGCUCACAGAAAGUUCUCGGGGAAGCCGUUGCCUCUGUGGGCACACAGCUGGGUGGCUGGUGGGUGUUGGUGUUGGUCAUCACGGUAGGCGAUUGGGAGGAAGAGCUAUAUCUGGAGCAAGGCGGGGUGAGUUGCCAAGCAUGUUAUAUCUGGUUUGAUAGGUGUUCACAGCAGGAGGGUAAGUCUGGUGCCAGUCAUUCCAUUCUGCCUGGUUCUUCUUUUAAGUGUUCCAGUUUGACAGUGAAAGCCCCCAUUUUAGCAUCUGGGCUUUUGUUUAGCAUCUAUUUUCUUGAACACGUUGAUGAUCAAGUCCAUGCCUGAAACUCCUACAUCUGGUUCACCUGUGACCAUGUCGAUGCUUUGUUUUCCUCCUGGUGUGCAGCCCUUCCGUCCCAAUAGGCUUGUAAAGUUUUUACUGAAUUGUAGAGAUUUUCUGAGGCUCUGGAAAAUGUGCCCUCUGGAUUCUAGAACAGUCUAAAACAGUGCUGCACAAUGGCAUUUGGUGAUGGGAAUGGUCUGUACCUGUGCUCUUCAAUGCGGUAGCCACUGGCCGAAUGUGGCUACGGAGCACUUGAAAUGUGUUUAGUAAGACCGGUGAAUGGUGCUUUAAACGUAAUUUUAACCAAUUUAAAUGGAAAUAGGACUGUGGCUCGGGCUCCCCUACUUUUGCUUCCUAGCAAGCAGAUAGAGUAGGGAUCAUAUUAAUCCCUGUGGACCCUGGCCGGUGUGAUUGAUCAUCAUCCUGUCUACUGAAAGGUCAAUGGUUUAAUUUCUGAUCGGGACACAUGGCUAGGUUGUGGGUUCAAUCUCUGGUCAGGGUGAGUGUGGGAGGCAGCCGAUUGAUGUUUCUCUCUCACAUCAAUGUUUCUCUCCCUCCCUUUCAAAUCAAUAAGAACAUU